CAACAAAUUUCAGACCCAAAACUCAUAUUCCAUCUCUGUCUCCACAACCACAUCAGGGGAAAGCAAAAUCAAGAAUGGACCUCGCUCUCAAACUUCCUUAUAUGUGCAUAUAUUCGACUGUGUAUACAAACGCGGAAGUGGAUACAGAUGGAGAAUAGCCGCCUUCCCCCGCCCGAAAUUUCUUUUUAACUGACUAGAAAUAGGAGAAUCAAGAUCCCCACUGCUCUCAAACGCAUCUUUCCGAAUCGGGAAAACCCAGAAAAAUUCCAAGAAAUUGCUCCAAGAAAUUGCGCCAAGAUUUCAUCUUUCCGCAUUGGGUUUGUGGAAAUGGUGGAGGGGAAUGGCGACGGGAUUUCAAGAAACGCUUCUGGGUCGUCGAAUUGGUGGGCUAGUUUCCACCGAGAUAUCUUGGCGGGGGCUUUGAUGGGGGGAGUGGUGCACACUAUUGUGGCGCCAAUAGAGAGGGCCAAGCUGUUGUUGCAGACCCAGGACAGUAACAUAGCAAUCUUGGCUGGGCCUCACAGGAAGUUCAAGGGCAUGCUGGAUUGUAUGGUGAGGACUGUUAGGGAAGAAGGGUUUCUUUCAUUGUGGAGAGGAAAUGGUAGCAGUGUUAUCAGAUAUUACCCUUCUGUUGCUCUCAAUUUCUCCCUAAAGGACCUCUAUAGGAACAUCUUACACAGCAACUUUAAGGAAGGCCACUUCUUGGCCGGUCCAUCUGCUAAUUUCAUUGCGGGGGCUGGAGCUGGAUGUACAACGUUGGUAAUCAUCUACCCGCUCGAUAUCGCGCACACACGGCUUGCUGCGGACCUCGGGAGAACCGAUGCUCGCCAAUUCCGGGGCAUCUGCCAUUUCCUGAGAACUAUCCACGAGAAAGAAGGAAUUCGAGGGGUAUACCGGGGACUCCCCGCUUCUCUUCAAGGGAUGAUCGUUCACCGAGGCCUCUACUUUGGCGGUUUUGAUACCAUAAAAGACAUGAUGUCCGAGAAAUCUAAACCAGACGUGGCUUUGUGGAAGCGCUGGUUGGUGGCUCAGGGGGUCACGACAUCUGCCGGGCUGAUUUCCUACCCCCUGGACACAGUUCGGAGGCGGAUGAUGAUGCAGUCUGGAUUAGAAAAGCCGAUGUACAGAAACACGUUCGAUUGCUGGAGGAAGAUUUACAAGACCGAGGGUGCUGCUUCUUUUUACCGCGGAGCUCUGUCAAAUAUCUUCAGGAGCACCGGGGCUGCCGCUGUCCUAGUUUUGUACGACGAGAUCAAGAAGUUCAUGAAUUGGACCGGGUUGUAGCGGGACAUUUGCCCAACCUCACCAUUUGUUCAUCUUGACACACAAAAAAAAAAAACAAAAAAAAGGAUUAGAAUAGACUGUGAAGCACUGAUUUUGCAGAAGUUAUUAGGUAACUGCACUUUCUGGGACAUGAUGAUACAGUUGAUAGAUAAAACACAAACCACACUGCUCUUUAAGGGAGGUAGAUGAUACCAAA